UUUUCUGGAAAGUAAAUAUUUUGAAAUCCCGCUCUAAAUUUACAAUGGCGCCAAAGAGAGCAUCGCCGAUGCAGUCUUCUCUGUACCCUAUCGGUGAUUACGAGGUUGCAGUGGAUGGUAAGAAUUUCACCUGUGAAUCCGGACCCAAAAGCAUCCAAAUCAAAUUUCCCAGAAACAACAUAGUAAAAAUAUCAGAGAAGGAUAAAACCGUUUCUGAUUAUCCGAAAGAAGACAUGUUUCUUCUUCUUAAUCCUCGGGAUGAAGAUGAGUUUACCAAAUCUCAUCUCCAAGAAGUGUUGAAGUUAUAUAGCAAAGAGUUACCAGACAUGAAAUAUGCUUCAAACACUGGGAAGCAAUCUGCAUUCCUUGAGAGAUGUGUCUCUAAAGGAAAGUAUUGUUCUUUGGUUUUGAAGUCCACGCUUGGUGGAGUCUCAGAUGAGAUCUUAGCUGCAAUCACAUAUCAAAUAGUCCCUGCUGAUACACAGUAUGCUGAGAUACCUCUUGCUGCUGUAACAUAUACACACCAGAAAAAGGGAUAUGUAAAAUUAGCAGAGGUAGACCACAAAGGAAAAGCAAGGGGGUUGCACAUUAAGUCUAAUAUUCGAAAAGCCUUGUGUUUUCCGGGCGGUUCAACUCUCAUGCUUUCUCAUCUGAAAAAGGAAUCUUCUCUUAAUCAUGCAAACCUUGAGAUUCCCUCUUCAUGGAAAUAUCAGUGUGAGGGAUCUCCACUCUCAGCAAGAAAUAAUUGCACAGGUCCUGUGACUGGAGAUUCAGUUAAACUUGGAGAGAGCUUUGGUGAAAGCGUAUAUCUUGACUGUCUCUCUGGUAUCAGAAGUCCAAUGGACUCGACCAUAGGAAAGGAAAACAAUAAAGUGAUCUCUGAUCAAGCUACCACAGCUGACAGUGAGACCAAAUGUUCAACACCAGGCUUGCUCCAAAGCUACCACAAGAGAUCUUGGGAAGCUUCAUUGUCCUCUCUACAAUCUAAAAGGAUUAGGGCAAACAACAAUAAUGACACUGAGAUAGCAAAAACAGAUUUGGCUCAGAGCUCUUCAAAGCAAUCAAAAGAUUGUUCUUCCUCCCAAGUGGAUAUAACCAAGGAUCCUCUGCCCACAAUUUGCAAAAGAAACGAUGUUGAACAAUGCAGAACGGGCACUGGGAUAGGCAUGGAAGCUCGUCCAAAUGGACAACACUAUAGAAUCUUGUUGAUGGACAUUUGUGAUGAAAACAAGAGAGCUUGGUUAACAGAGGUAGUAAGAAAACUUGGUGGUGUUGUGACCUUGGAUGGUACAAUGAGCACACAUAUUGUCACCGGAAAAGUCAGGAAAACUCUGAAUUUCUGCACUGCUCUUUGCUCUGGGGCUUGGAUAGUAUCACCAAGUUGGUUAAAAGAAAGUUGCCGAGAAGGAAGAUUUGCUAAUGAAGCUUCCCACAUACUGCAGGACGAAGACUACCAGUUGAAAUAUGAUACUGAUCUAAAAAUCUCAGUGCUUAGAGCAAAAGCUAGACCAAACUCGUUGCUAAAAGGAUAUGACAUAUGCGUUGGACCUAACAUUGAGUUGCCUAUUAAAACUUCAUCUGCUAUCAUCAAAUCUGCUGGUGGAAAUGUGAUAAGUGGAGUGAAUAAGGUAAAGGAGCCGUCAAAGGCGAUAUACAUAGGGUGCGAAGAAGACACUGUCGGGGCAUUAUUUGCAGCAAAGAAAGGAGUUUGGACAUUCAGCAGCGAAUGGUUAAUGAACUGUGUCAUGAAGCAACAACUUGACUUGCAAGUUCCUCAGUUUGUUGAGUCCUUAUGAUGAUGAUUCAAACUCGAGACCUCUAUGAUCUUUAGCUUGGAAAAUUUCACUUAUCUUUUACUUUUGGGUUUUAUGAAAAUGUUGAGACAUUGUCGGAGCUUGAAUGGAUAGGCUAAGAAGCUCAAGUCGCCAAUCUUAUGUAUAAAAAUAAAAAAUUGAAGGUUGA